GCUUCCAAUAAGAGAUGAAGAAUGAGGAAGAAUCGGUCCGCUGGGUAGAGCAGGAUAUAAGUUGUCACCGAACCAGAGCUCCCGGUGGAGGUAGUUGGGUCAAAUGAGACGGAUUCAGUGUGAGUUGUUGAGGAAUUUGAGCUUGACGGUGUGAUGGUAACCGGGCGCAUGGGGGGCUGGUGCGCUCGCUUCGCGGAGCGGCACCAGUCCGGGAUGAACUUCGCGCUGCUGAUCGUCUGCUACAUCCUCUACCUCGUCAUCGGUGCCGGGAUCUUCUCCGCCAUCGAGCUGCCCUACGAACACGAGCUUCGGCAGGAGCUGAAGGCGGCCAGGCAGGACUUCCUGAGCAACCACACCUGCGUGUCCGACGCGCAGCUGGAGGAGCUGCUGGCCCGCGCGCUGGAGGCCAGUAACUAUGGAGUGUCCGUCCUUGGUAACGACACCGACCGGAACUGGGACUUCGUGUCCUCUCUGUUCUUCACCAGCACCGUGCUGACCACGACAGGUUACGGCCACACCGUUCCUCUGUCGGAUGAAGGGAAGGCCUUCUGCAUCUGCUACUCCCUCGUCGGUAUCCCCGUUACCCUCUUCUUCCUCACCGCCAUAGUGGAGAGGCUGGUGGACCUGCUGUCUCGACGCCCCAUCUCCCACUUUCACCGACUGUGGGUCAUCUCAAGGCCCAAGCUAGCCGUCAUCCACGCCGCUACUCUCGGCACCAUCAUGGCUGUACUGUUCCUAUUUAUCCCCGCCUGGAUCUUUGUCGGCCUGGAAAAAGACUGGAACUUUCUGGAGUCUUUGUAUUUCUGCUUCAUCUCGCUGACGACCAUCGGCCUCGGGGAUUAUGUCCCCGGAGAAACUCACAAUAAAGAGGAGAACCCACAUCCCGAUCUGUACAGGCUGGCCAUUACAGUCUAUUUGCUGCUGGGCUUGGUGUGCGUCCUGGUCGUGUUGGAGACCUGUUACGAGCUUCCCCAGCUCAAACUCCUCAGGCGGAGGUUUUACAGAGAAAACAUCCGGGAACUGGACUCCGAGACCACCAACAUCAUCAGCCGCGAUCAGCUGAGCGAGCAGAUGCCCGACCCCGCAGAUCCCACGACCGAUCAGCUGCCAGCCAUCUCUUCUGUGUCGCAACAGGCCGACACGCUGCGGCAGAAUGGCGUUUCGGUGCCGUACAUGCCGGCUUCGGGAACCACUCCUAAUGGAAAGCUGAGAUAACAGCUGUCGGGAAUAUCAGGGGGCGGGUGCGGUGGAAGUUAAUGAACUUGUUUAUGAACGUUUCCUACAUCUUCCUGCUCUGUUAGUGCACAGGAGACGCUUAGCAGAGUUAAGAUUGUUUCAAAAUACGAUUGCACCCUGCCAACACCAACACAGAUAUGUGCUGCGAAAGCAGGAACUACCCACUGGCUCUCGGCAUGGCAUUGUUUUCUCCCCUGUUGCUUUACUCAGCCGCAGAUACAGAUCACAGAGGAAGGGCCUGGCUCCAAAACGGAGGGAAACCCCACAAGUGUCCAAGUCCGGACAAAGUCUUUAGCCUCAACUUCAAAGCUACACAGCUAGCUCUAGAGGAAUGCACAUCCUCAUCGAGCACAUUGAAGAUCUGUGAUGGCAUUUGCAUAGGAAAUUUGCCUUCUUGAAAGCAGCAACGCCAACAGAGUCAUAGGAAACUGUUAACAUCUGUUAGCUCAGUGCACAACACAUGCAGGUAUUCCAGGAAGAAGCUCAAGUGUUGGCUAUGAAUAAAUACUUAGGUUCCUGGUUUCUUUCAGGGGAGGAUUAUGGCCUUUAGUUACUAAUUGCAGGUGAAAACAAAUGCUGUAGUGUACAGGAUAUGCCACUAGAGGGAAGCACUUUCAUGUUGCAGGGAGACUUUCAAAUGAAGUUAGAAAUGGAAGGUAUGGAUGCAGAAGUGUUGCAACCCAUAAUUUCUUGAAAGAAGUUACAAUUUGUUGCUGCUCUGAACUGAACGAAUGGGUGUUUUUUUUGUGUGUGUGUUUUAUACCUGUAAUCAUUUGUAUUUCACAAAAGAAAAAGGCAUGCCUGGGCUUCCAGACAACAAUUACCUACAUUGUUAACUGGUUUAAGGGCUUUACUACACAUUGAACUGUAAAAUUGUUGUUUUAAUAAAACAAUGUUCUGUGUAUAAUAUAAUAUAAAAUAAUAUAUAGUUUACAAACACAAGCGUGGUGUAAGGGAAUUGUAUUUUAUUUAUUUCUUUACAGUGCCUUGCAAAAGUAUUCAUACCCAUUGAACGUUUUUAAAUUUUUUUGCAACAGUUAAUUUUAAUGGAUUUUAAUAAGACUUCUGCGACAAAAUAACAAAGUAGUGCAUCAUUGUAAAGUGUAAGGGAAAUGAUACAUGUUUUUAAAAAAAUAUUUUACAAAAUAAAAAUCUGAAAAAUA